AUGUUUAGAAACGCAGAGACCGCUCGGAGACCGCCAAUAGUUCAGAAGAUACUCGAUGCGAAUGCAACGGAAAUAAAGGAGACAGUCAGGACUUCAAAGGCUUUUGUCGACCUCUUCGAGCGGCAUGUCCAAGAGAACGACAUCCAACUCGCGUACCAUCACAGACUCUCAAGGAGGUUCAACUUCCUCAAGAUGUCAACAUUUUAUGAAAACAGCACUGUUUCCAACAAUUGCACGGUCUUCCCAUAUCACCUCAUGUUGCAACAGCUUACCAACUACGUGCAGGGAAAGCCGCAGGCUGGAACACUUGCGCUAGUGCUGAUAUUCCAGUACUACUCUGGGAGACGACAAUUUGAUCACAUUCAGUCUGCUCAAGUCUUUACGUUUGAAGACAUCAAGGCUAUCAACUCAACGAUUGAUCAGCCCGAGCUCUGGAAGUUCAUGAAGGAAUUCUUCCCAGGAGUGUUCACUAAGAGCGAGGUACGAUAUCGUGGAGACUCUGUGGAUGAGAUUGUGAGGAAACUAGGGCUGCGCAUGGGUCUCAAUGACCCCAUCAACGUUCGGAACCAUCUGGCGAAACUUGGCAGGCAGGACGCAGGUUUUGGAGCAUGGAAGAGCGACGAGCCGAUCAGACCUCUGUGUGCGGAGGGGAACGUUCGGGUCCCGUUGGGUGACCAUGCUGCAUCGUGGAUACUUUCAAACGAUGAGAUGCUGUCGAUGAAGGCGAAGCUUGUUCAAAACUUCCCAUCUCUGGAGGUUUUGCUGCAUUGUUGACCUCUGAAUGACGUGAAGGAAUGAUUGCAGGUGCCGGACUGGAUGUCGUUCCCUGGACAAUACGUCGCCCUUGCCUUUCCUCAACAUGGGGUGAGGAAUGGGAAGCAAAUUCGGUUCCGCAUCUCCAUCCGCAGCGUUGCUCCUCGCCUUGUUCAGCUGUGGUACCGCCUUGAAAACCUGGACGGCAUCUCAAUCAAACAAAAAUCUUCUCAAUUGAUCGCAACUGGAAUGGACUUCUUGCUUGAUUUCUCCCUCAAGGGUAUCCAGCCCGGCAUUCAUCUCGGAGGGGUCGUCUUCUCGGCCGAGGAGGGAGGAACAGAGUUGUUCCGGUGCCCUGUUUACCUCCAAGUCAUCGACCUCCGCGACCUCGACGAGAAUGUUCUGACCAAGAUAGUGGCGGCCUCUAUAGAAGAAAGGACCCUCCGAAUGAAACUCGCGGAGACUGCAGAAGACAACUCAGCUAUCAACGCAACACACCUCCAGCAGGCUCUGGACGAUUUGGGGAUGCCGUCACUCGUAGGCGAUGUCCAUGACUUCAUGAGGAUGCUUGCACCUGAGGAUGGAGAGACUAGUAUAGACCAGCUCAUGAGGAAAAUUUACCGGCCCUCGAGACAAAAAGUAGACAGCAAGAGGUCCAUCGCAGCCAAACAGAAGGAUGAGAUUCAGAAGGUUGUUUACGAGACUGGGCUUGCUGCCGUGAUCACAGUCAAGCACUCGUUGGAGAUCACAGAGCUUCAGCAGAACUAUCAAGACACCCUCUCGAUCAUACAAAGCUCCCCAACAAGGUUCAAGAACGCAGGAUUGAUGUCGGGCUCGGUCAGCGUAGAGCCAAGCAAGACCUUCAGCGAGAGCGGCACAGAAAACUUAGGGAGGAGGAAGUCAAUUACGUGAUUGCAGUUAUCUCUAGGUAGAAUGUACAAUAAAAACUUCUUGACAUC